GCGCCACAAAGGGCCCGCGCGCAGCCGCCGCCGCCGCCGCGCGAGGAGCCAGGAUGGUCCUGGUCCACGUCGGCUAUCUCGUGCUUCCAGUGUUUGGCUCUGUGCGAAACAGAGGUGCCCCCUUUCAAAGGUCUCAGCAUCCUCACGCUACCUCCUGUCGCCACUUCCACCUGGGCCCCCCGCAGCCACAGCAACUCGCCCCCGACUUCCCGCUGGCCCAUCCCGUGCAGUCGCAGCCGGGCCUCAGCGCCCACAUGGCCCCGGCCCACCAGCACAGCGGCGCCCUGCACCAGUCGCUGACCCCGCUGCCCACCCUGCAGUUCCAGGACGUCACAGGUCCCUCCUUCCUACCUCAGGCCCUGCACCAGCAAUACCUCCUGCAGCAGCAGCUCCUGGAAGCCCAGCACCGCAGGCUCGUCUCGCACCCCAGGCGGAGUCAGGAGCGCGUUUCCGUCCACCCCCACCGCCUCCACCCCAGCUUUGACUUCGGCCACCAACUGCAGACCCCUCAGCCGAGGUAUUUGGCUGAGGGCACUGACUGGGAUCUCAGCGUGGAUGCUGGCUUGAGUCCUGCUCAGUUCCAGGUGCGGCCCAUCCCUCAGCACUAUCAGCAUUACCUAACGACUCCUCGAAUGCACCACUUUCCCAGGAACUCCUCCUCUACGCAGAUGGUUGUCCAUGAAAUCCGAAACUAUCCUUACCCUCAGCUUCACUUCCUUGCUCUUCAAGGACUAAAUCCCAGCAGACAUACCUCUGCUGUGCGGGAGAGCUAUGAGGAACUGCUGCAGCUUGAGGACAGGCUGGGAAAUGUGACUCGGGGAGCUGUGCAGAACACCAUUGAGAGGUUCACUUUCCCCCACAAAUACAAGAAGCGAAGACCCCAGGAUGGCAAGGGCAAGAAGGACGAGGGGGAAGAGUCUGACACUGAUGAGAAAUGCACAAUUUGUUUGUCUAUGCUGGAAGAUGGAGAAGAUGUGAGACGCCUGCCCUGUAUGCAUCUCUUCCACCAACUGUGCGUGGACCAGUGGCUUGCCAUGAGCAAGAAAUGCCCCAUCUGCCGAGUGGACAUUGAGACACAGCUGGGAGCCGAUAGCUGAGGGAGGAGUUAGCCAGUGGAUACCCCAUUUCCUUCACCAGGUCCCCCCACGGCCAUAGCCCUUGCAGCCAAACUUUGCCUUCUGAGCCAUUUGACGUAGAGGAGAAGCCUGCAAGCACAUUUCGUGGAAAGAGGAGACAGUGGUAUCAGUGUCUGAGGGAAGGAGUGGGUGGGGGAGGACCCACCCAUCCAGAUGGCGACUGCCCCAUCCACCUUGCUCGCAGGAGGGAGGGAGCUGGCCGUGCCCGUGUCCGGAGCGGGGGUGGGAAGGGGGGGCCCACGCCGCUGAGAACUAGAUGUGAUCCUGAGGGCACUAGCGGAUAGACGGCCCCUCAAUCCUGACCUUUGAAGGAUUGUAUAUAUACCUCUGGACCACGUAGAAACCAUGUAGGGGUCUCUAGCUAUUUCUGUGGAUGGCAGCCAGAGCAUGUUAGCUUAAGAAAAACGUCGUGUGUGGUGCUCUAGUCAUCUUGUGGUGGACAUGUCGCUAUUACUGAACUUGCACCAAAUAUUUCUCAUUGAGUUUCUUGUUUUGGUGCCUGACUGAACCAACCAACGACAGCCCCAAUUUUCCCGUCUUUAUGAAAGAAGAGGAAAAAAGAAUCAAAGGUGAAAAAAAAAAAGCCAAAUCCUGUUUACGGUGAAAAAGGAUGACUUUUUUUUCACCCAGGUUGGAAGGCGGGGUGGGGGGGAGGUGUUCUCGUUUUGUGGUCAUUUUUGUUUUUUCCUUGGCUUUUGUUUUUCUCAUGUUUACAGUGCACGGAGUAUGGAAGAGGCCUCUCAGAAGGGAUGACUGGGGAAGAGCAGAUAGGGUCAUAGUAGGGUUCUGAGGGGUUCAGGUGAGAAGAAUGUAUUGCCAGGGCAGGUGAGGGACUUCGUCUGGAAGUAGUGCUUCCCAGUCCUUGGCCUCAUCGCUAUCCCUCUGGUUCCACAUAGAACUGGGGAGCACUCGGCCUUCAGCUGUAGCUGCCCCUGUGUUCCUGGGAGCCAGGAGGCCUCUGCUCCCUCCAGCUCCUUUCUUUAGGCUGGCUCUUGUCCUGUCACAAAGAGGCGAUGUAGCCACUGCCUCCCUAUGCAAAAAACUAGCCAGGUGAUGCAGAUGAGACGGCAUAGGUGAUGGACACUUGACCUUGGCCCGAGUGCUCUCAGCCAGCACUCAGGGCUAAAGUCCAGCUCCGUAGACCUUGAGGAGGACCUUGAGCCUCCUCUGGGUGCCUCAAGUCCAGUGAGUUCCUCAGAGGUGGUCCUGGCUCCAAGACCAUGUUGUCUGGUUCCCUCCCCUCUCCCCCUCCACUUCCUCUCCCUUCUUUUGUCUUCUCUGCUCUCUCUUUUGCUUGUACUGAGGAUUGAACACCAAGACACUCUAAUACUGAGCUACCCUACCCCCUCAGCCCUGUGUCCCUGGGCUCUGGUUCCUUGUCUGACUCUUUGAUAACUUUGGGCAAGUCCCUUUCUUUCUCUGUGCCUCAGUUUCCUUCUCCUUCCAGUGGGGAGAAACAACAGUGCGUCCCCCUUUCCACUCCCUGUGCCUCACCUAGAUGUGGUGAGGCUGGGUUCUGUCUAGCACGUUCUGUGCUUUCUGUUCUCUGUGGAGCCUCUGGGUUUUAGGGAUGGGGUGCUUUCCAAGAUAGAUCUGGAAGUUCCAAGCAACAUCAUAUAGUGUAUCUUUCUGCACCUCCCCGCUAUCUUUUGACCCCAAAGGGAGUAGAGAGAUGGGAGGACAGAAGACUGAAGACAGAAAAAUUCACCAAAUUUCAACCCACACCCAAUCCCUUCUUCUAGCUGGAAUUCUUCCACCUCCCUUUGCCUCUCGCCCUUCUCUUUUCCCCUUGUUUGCACUGCUCUCAAAGCCUCCCCUUCCCUUGGCCUGUAGCCAGUCUCAAUGCUCUCAUACCUAUAAGACUGGGAACAGGACCCUUAUCACAUAAAUGCACAAGUCCCGUGCACAUAAGGAAAUUUGAGUCUGUAUUGCUGCUGCCAGAGUAGAACCAGGACCAAUGGAUGAAAUUGACAGGGAGGCCAGUUUUGGUUUGAGUUAAAGCCUGCUGAGACAGCUGGCACUGUCCCAGAAGAUGGCUGCUCUGGACACCUGUGGGAAGAAAGGGGGACAUAGUUGCCAGUGGGGGUUACUCCAGAACCGUAUUCAAAUGAAGGUAUCUCCCAGUGCCAAUCUGGUGUUGAAUAAAAUCUCUGUUGAGUGCCCACCGGUGCAGGUGCUGGGAAAGUGAGAGCUAAGACAGCAGUGGAGGAGGAGAUAGCGCACACCCAAUAGUGCAAAAGUGGCAAGUAGUUUAACGUUCAGGGCUGGCAGUGGUGAGCAUUUCAUCAUACAGUUUGGUGACUGCACUGUGCCAAUAAUGUCUGCAGGGCAAAUGCUGGAUAACCCACACUGGGAGAAAGACGUCUGAGUCAAGCUGGAAAGGAAGCUGCUUACUGAUAGCCACAGGAAGUUGGGAAUUCUCUCCCCUCCUCUCCAAUGGCUUGGUCAAAACCAGGAACUCAUCAGAAGAUGGCUUUAGCCUGAAGGUAGCUAGGAUAGUCUAGGCAGGUCACUCCUCUCUCAGAUCAGCCUUCUGUUCCUUAUCCCGAGGCUGUCCUGAAAGGCUAGCAGGAGAAGAGAGUCAGUGAGGAGCCAGGCUAGAAGGAGAACUGGUGUCCUGAGUUCUAGGCCUCGCUCUUCACUGAUAAACUGGAUGAUGCUAGAACCACCUCCCCUAACCACCACUGGGCUACAGUUUCCCCAGCUAUGUUACAGAAAGGUUGGGUUGGAUGCUUGCUCCCAACACUCACAUUUUGUGAUCUUCCCUAACAUCCACACAUCUUUCAAGUCGUAGAGCUGUGUGCCAACCAGGCUGUGAAGAAGGACUUCUGUGGCAUGAACAUGUUUCCGAGGCUGAGGGCACACGUGCUGAGUGAGAAUGGGACCCGAUCCUCUCUUCCUUCUCAUUCUCUGCAGGCUCCCUGAGUGCCCCAGGCUAGUAUUAGGGACUGGGCUGGGGAGGGGGUAAUUCCUGAAGUCCCCUCCCCUCCCCAUCUCUCUGGGGUCCUUGUUCUCUGUGGGUAGGGACGAGCAGGGAUGGCACUCAGAGCCUCCUAGCUCCCGUUUCCUUAGCAGGGCAGCUGAUCGGGUGAGAAGAGUGGAGCAGGGUGUGGACUUCUGCUCCCUCAAAGUCCCCCGAUGGGUCAGGGAGCCCAGCAGAGUGGAGAAGAGGCAGGGUCUGGCCUCAGCAUCUCAUAUUCACCACCUCCAGGAGGGACACAUCUGUAGUCCUCCUGCUCAACUCAAGGGACUCAGACUCUUUCCUGACUGAGACGCAUGAGUGCCUUCUGGGGAGAGAGCAGCCCCAGGGUUCAAGUUGGGCCUCCUAACCGCAGGCAUGACCACAGCAGGUCUGCCGAAGAUGCCAAUCAACCAACCCAAUGCCACAAGCCCGGCUGGGCACAGGCAGAGGCGGACAAGGGCCGCAGGCUCCUCUAUCUGGUGGAUGCUGGCCACCUGUUACCCUUGCUCACCACCUGUGGCAGGACUCAAGCUCCUCUUCUGCAAAGGUUCCCAGCCUCCGUGCAAGUAUUCUUAACUCUUUACGCCUAACGAACAAGCACAGUUUUUUCAAUGGUGAAGAAAAGCACCAGACUUUUUUUUUUUCUGAAGAAAUUCCCCAAGCCCCCUGCCUGCCGGCGGGAUGAAUACUCCCCGUGUGGGGCUGUAGCAACGUCUGUCAGGUUCCCUGUGUUUCAUCUCCUGCGCGCGCGUAGAGCAAAUGCUAGAGCGAUUUCAGCUGAUAGAAAAACAAAAAUGAAAAAAAAAAUCCACAAAAAACAAAAAACAUGGCACGUUGCUAGUUUACAGGGUUUUGUGAGUUUAAAUGCCUUAUAUUUAACAAUCAUAAUUUAUGACUAACUUGUAGAUAUUGUGGGUUCUUAUUUAAUUAUUUUUAUAGUUGUUUUGCAUUUUUAAUUAUAAUUUAUUUAUUUAGAAAGGAUACUAAUUUUUUUUAUUACUCCUAUUACCUCAUUUUGGCGUUGUUUCUGGGAGUGGAAUGCUUUGCAUGCAUUGGUACGAUGACAAACAACUACGAAUACAAAAAAAAUUUUAAAUAAAAUUCUGCGAACUUUAUUUCGUCCAAACUAUCAGGGUGUGUGAUUGCAAGCUGUCCUACUGUGGUGCUGGCCUCUUUGGAUACAUUCCAUACGAAAUGCAAACCUUUGAUUCUGUAUGCUGUGAUCUAGUGAAAAACUCCAAUAUAGUGACUGUAUUUAGCACAUAUAUAAAUAUAAUUUGCACUCGUCAGCAGACUGGGGUAAUCCUUUCACUUGCUACCCUUGGCACCCUCCUGCCAACCCUACACCUCCACUUAACCUGCUUUUCCCUCUCUCCUUGUCCUUCCCACAACCUCAGCCCGCCCAGCCGCUGUACCCUGAGGAAGGUUCAGGGUACUAGAGGUCACUGUCUCCACCCAGGGCCCAACUCUCAAUGGUUCCAGGACUGGAGCCCUUCAGACACUGCCCGCAGGAGCAUCUGCAAGCCACAAAGCCUGCUUUACUAGAAUGAGCCCUGGGGAGGGGCCAGGGACUGGGGUUUUCAGAUCAGCACCACUGCACACUUCCCUGUGACUGUGAGUCCUUGGUCUCGUGUCUUCCUUGCUGGGAGAGGGAGGAGAAAGGGAUUCUCUAGUGUCCCUCAGAUUCAGCUAGAGUAUGACACAGGUCUGGGGGACCACUACUGAAUCUAUCUCACCCUCUCAGAAGAGACAAAGAAAAGAAGGAUGGAAGAGGGGAGAGGAAAGAAAGGAAGGGGGGGUUGGGCUGAGGAUUUAUCAAGAGGUUGCCCAGAGCAGGCAUCCCCAGGGUUUUCGUCCUUUUAUAGGCAGCAUCCUGCAGGUGACAGGGAGGUCAGUAAGGUGGACACUUGCCUGGAUGUGGGCCAUGAGUUUCCAUGGGGCUUGGGUGGUUAUUCAGAGAGUGAGCUGGAGUCCAUGCCUUGUUAGUUAUGGAAUGGGAUGGGAAGCCCCAGACUAUGGUGUUCGGGACUGGCACUCACACCCUGUCAUCUCCAGGAGCCUUUGUGGUUUGAGCAUUGCCCACUGACAGCAGGUUGGGACACAGAGUGUGCCUCAUGGUCCCUCUUCUCUCCUGCCGCUCUAGGGAGCUAUGGCAGGAGAGGUUGCCACGGAGGGUAGGGAGGCUUCAGUCUCACGGCCCCAUAGGGGAGUGGGAAGGAGGCUUGGGAAAGCAGUGGCACCAAAGGCUGGCACAGGGCUUAGCCCAGGUACUUUUAAACCAGAAGAGAAGGUGCAGGCUCCCAAGAGAAGCCUUUGAACGGGCUUGACCCCAGUGCGCUGCCUCCCUCCUUCCUCUCUUCCUUCCCUUCUUGUCCAGCUCAUCCCUCCUUGUUGGCUUUUGACAUCACUGCCUUUGCCCGGUGGGGAGCUCCACCCUCCAAACAAGUCCCGUGGAGAUGGAUGGUGCUGGUGUAGGGGAGGGAAGACCUGGAGUCGCCAUGCUGAGUGGCUUGUCCGAGUGGCUGGGCUGGAUAUGGUCCCUAAGCCCCAUCUCUGCUCCAGCCUGAUGAUGGGUGGGGCGCUUCCUGGGGCUUCUUGCCUACGCUGCCCAGCUUCCCCUUCUGCCUCCACCCUGGAAUCACCCGCCAUGCUGGUGGGAGCACAACCCCCACACUACCAGGCCUGGCAGACACUGCCGCGGGGCUCCCGGAUGGGCACGCCUUAUGCUGCUCUGCUCCACCCUCGAGCCUGCUCCCCUGCUGUCCCCUCUCCCAGCUCCACUCCUGGCCAUGGAUGUGGCUCAUUGCUCAGCUAUGGAGCCUGCUGCACCAGGCCCUAAAGGGGGUAAUUUGCUUGCCCCUGGUAAGUGAAAGGAUUAUCCUCAGUGUUGAUUGUCCUUUUUUGUAACCCUCCUGCUGUUCUGUUCUGUUGUGCUGUGCAACAUUUUGCUACAUAGACUAUUUUAUAGCAGAAAGCUAGAAGAAUAUUUAUUAUGAAUAUUAAAGCAAUAGUGCAUCAAUGAAAAAGCGGAGACGUUAGGAAUUGUGUAAAUGCUUAGAUUCACUUUUGGUGGAUUUUUUGUACUUUAUUUAUAACUAAUAAAAUGAACUGCAUUGCUAACUACA